AUGGCUCAGAACAAUUAUUAUACAGAUAUAAAUUUUCAAGCACAUAUGGGUAGCGGUUAUUCGAAUUAUCAUUAUCGCCCACGUUCUGGGCUACAUCGUAAUCCUCAUUACAUUGCUCCAGGCUAUCGUUAUCCUAAUUAUAUGAAUUCUGGCUUUGGAUUUGAUCCUCACCAUCAUCAUCCUCAUCAUAUGAAUUAUGGAUUCGGUAACCAUCAUCAUCAUGGUGGCUUCGGUGGUGGCCACCAUUUUGGAGGUGGCCAUCAUGGGCAUUGUUAA